CAGAGAAUAGAGCUCGAGGGCUGUCUUGGUUGUGGCUGGAUCUGUUGGUCAUCAGCGUAUUAAGAAGAUGGCGAUGAGCGUGCAGGAGUUCGCGAACAUCGUGACGGACAAGGAGAAGCUGCUGGCGUGGUUCGAGCGGAACAAGAGCAGCGUCAAGGCCUGGGGAGCCUUCAUAGCGGUGGUGUUUGUGCUGUUCUUCCUCUUCUCGGACGGCGACUUCUCGUUCCUCAUGACGCUGUCGUCGCUCAUCGGCAUGUUCUCCUUCCUCAUGGUCGUCUACAAGAUAGAGAUCAGCAAGUCAUGCGCCGGCGUGUCACUCAAGAUGAUUGAAUGCUACCUCGUACUCAUAUUCGCCAGACUCUGCAGCAUCAUACCGUUCGAAGGGUCAGACAACACACGCCCGGCAACCAUGAUGCGCAUCACGCACGCACGAGCGUGUGUGUUUUGGUGUGUGUUUGUGUGUAUGUCACUCACCCACACCAGGUAUCUGCCGUACGACAGGAGCGGCGACUGGCUGUACCAGACGGUGGAGGGCAUCUCGUUUUGCCUGGCGGGUUCGAUAGUGUACCUGUGUCGGUACCGCUACAAGGACACGUACGACCCAUCCGCAGACACACUCAACCACCUCUUCCUCAUCAUUCCCUCCGCCGCACUCGCACUCCUCUUCCAUCCAUCACUCAACGCAUUCAUGCCCGCUGAUGUAAGCAAGACGGCCAGCCAGCCAGUCAGACAGCCAUGACGGAUGGGAUGGAUGGAUAGACGAAGAUCGGUGGUUUGGUUGGCUAUGUGUGUUGAUAGGUGUCAUGGACAUUUGCGCUGUAUCUCGAGUCGGUGUGCGUCCUGCCGCAGCUCUUCAUGUUCCAAAAAGAGGUGGGGACCCACCCCAGCCACCUCUACAUACGACACGACACACACACUUGUGUGGAUGGCAUGGGUGUGGCUGUUCAGGGCAAGGUUGAGCCCUUCACGACCCACUUCCUCGCGGGACAGGCGCUGUCAAAGGUGCGCCACCCAGACAAGACGCAGCCACCAUGCACGUCUGGAUGCAUGUGUGUCCGUCCGUAUGUGUGUUGCCAUGCCCAUCAGGUGCUGUCGUUCAUUUUCUGGAUAUCAUCCUACUCAGAGCUCAACGACCCCACCAAGACGGUCGGUACUGCACUGCGCCCACAGACAGAUCGUUCAUCGUGUGUAUGCGCUGACUGUGCUGUGCUGUGCUGUGCUGUGCCUGUGUAUUCCUCCGCAGCUCAAGUCAUUCGUGGGCGUCUGGGUCAUCGUCAUGCAAGUAAGGAAGGAAGCAGAGAGAGGGAGGAGGCGGUCACAAGCGAGCUGAUCACGCAUAUCGAUGGCGUGGCGUGUUUCCCGUGCUGCAGAUUGUCCAGCUGAUAGUGAUGGGCGACUUCAUCUACCACUACAUAAGAUGGUACGUCAAUACAGAAGAUACACACGCACACAUUCCCAUCGUCCGUCUAUCUACACACAUGUCCUGGUCUUCUUUUUCCCCCUCCUCAGUUUGAGCAAGGGCGUGCCGGUGCAGUUCAUCCUCACAGAAGACGUGUGAGCUCCCCUCCCCACACACCACCACGCCACACCGGCCACACCAGAGGAGCAG